AGCUGGGGACCCUCUCCCAGGGUCAGCCCCCUGGCAAGGACUCAUGUAUGCUGCUCUGUUUGCCCUGACGCCUGCUGACAUGUCUCUUGGGCAGAGUUUCAAGUACCAGCUGAUAUGAUUAGGACCUUAGCAUAAUAAAAACUAAAAUGUUGGCUUGGAGUAGCCCAGUGGUUGAGCAUUUGUCCAGCAUGCACCAGGCUCGGAUUCCAUCUCAAGCACUAGGGGGAAAAUGUUUACAAAAGGUGUCACCCACACAUCCGCUCCACAUGGUGACACAGUGAGGGUGUGGAUCAGGGCUGACUUCAGGGCUGGAUCCCUGUGAAGGCUGAAGCUUCUGGAACUGAGGCCUGGGGACCAGGGAAGCUCAGUCCCUGGCCCACACUGGGCGUCUUGCUCAGAACUUUGUGCUUGGCUCUUCUUUCUUGGUUGUCACACUCCUUAUUGCCAGGUACAUGUUUGCAUGUGCCUUUUCUGUACUGUGACUAUACCUGUUUCCUCCCAGAAUCUUGGCAGGGGCCUGGAAUACUGAGGCAAGGUAGUGAGGCCCUAACUCAAGGGAGCAGUUCACCACUGUUUCCUGAAAGUAUCCUCUGCUAGAAGUGUGUGUGUGUGUGUGUGUGUGUGUGUGUGUGUUGUACAGUCCUGGAGGAGGGAGAACUGUGAGUGAGGGAUGAGCUUAGCUGUCAAUCUGCAGGACUUGGCUUAGUCCUACGUGCUCAGCACCCACUUGCCCCUCCCAAAAGGCGCACAGUGGCUGCGGUUGCAGCCCCUAGCCAACAAUAACGGUUGGUCUGGUUAUGGGUCCUGGGACAGCAGGACUGGGCGAGCCGGCCAGGCAGGUCCUGGCCUAGGUGCCAGGGGCCGCCCCUCCUCUUGUCUCCAGGUCCUGUCCUAUAGGGCCAGCCUGUUGUGGUUCUACUUGAGAAGCACAGGGCCCCCCAGCGCCUCUGCAGCCUGUGACACCCAGGCCAGCUUUUCAGGUCAGUUUAGGGGCUUGAUGGGGGGCAUACCCUUGGAAGUGGAUGGGUUUCCUCCUAAGUAGGACUUUGGCACCAUCUCCUUGAGUUCUUCCAGGCCUGGGGGAACCCUAAUCAGGACUGUGCCCCAAAAGGAGUGCUGGGAGCAGACUGCUGAGGCGGUCUCAACUGUGUCCCCACACUCACUUAACUCACAUAGGAGUGCUGCUAACUUACAUGUCAUUCGUUAGCAUUAAAACUUACAAGACUCCAAACUGGAAAAGUAUAGAGAAGAAAGUCUAGUCUCCCCAGCCACGGAUACAGCCACUGAAAGUAUUUGGUCUAUUUCCUGCUCGGCAUUUUCCUACACACACUUCUUGGCACCCUAAGUCUGGAUAUUCCGGGCUGGGUGGGGGCUGGUAUCUGCACCUCCGCGGCCUUGAUCCCGCCCUGGAAGGGUCUUGGGGGUGGGGGUGAGGGACACUACGUCAACAUUGCUGCCCCCUGUGGCUUUCCCGGGAGAGCCAGCCACCCUGGGUCAGGCCACCAAGAUAGGAGAGGCGGGACAAAGCAACAGCAGCGCUCUGGUGGAUCCACCCGGACGUGCUAUCCCGGGGUCUCGGGGCCUGUAAGGCCGCAAGGUCGCUGUGGGUCCGCACCCCUCGCAGGCUGUCGGGGUCCGGGCAGGGCGGGGCUCGCCGCGCGUUUCCGGGAGGAGCGGCCCGUCUGCGGCAGGUGCGGCGGCGCGGCUCGCAGCACCUACUAGAGUCAAGAUCUGCUCCUAUGGCCAGCCCUGGGCAGCCUGGGCCCGGGGAGGACCAGGAGGAAGAGGAGACCAAGGGAGUCUCGGCAGGGCAUCAUCGUGCAGAGAUGCUGCAGCAGGCCCAGGAGCUCUUUCUACUGUGUGACAAGGACGCUAAGGGCUUCAUCACUAGGCAGGACUUGCAGGGCCUACAGAGUGAUCUUCCCCUUACGCCUGAGCAGCUGGAGGCUGUAUUUGAAAGUCUGGAUCAGGCCCACACUGGCUUCCUCACGGCCCGGGAGUUCUGCCUAGGCCUGGGGAAGUUUGUGGGGGUGGAGUCGGCCCAAGGUGGGUCCUCCUUGAGGACUCCUGAGGAAACCUUUGAGUCAAGCACAGGGGGCUCUCUGGAGGAGGACGACGAUGUUGAGACAUUCUGCACUUCCUUAGAGAAGCUGGGAGUGGCCCGGGUCCUGGGCGAGCAAUGGGCUGUGAGGACACUCUGGGUCAGGCUACAGCGCGAGCGACCCGAGCUGUUGGGCUCUCUGGAGGAAGUUCUGGUGCGCGCGUCGGCCUGCCUGGAGGCGGCGGCCCGGGAGCGGGACGGUUUGGAGCAGGCGCUGCGGCGGCGGGAGAGCGAGCACGAGAGGGAGGUGCGCGGACUUUACGAAGAGCUGGAGCAGCAGCUGGGGGAGCAGCGGCACCGCGUGCAGAGCCAGAAACUACCCCGGGAGGAACAGAGGGGCCACCUGGAGCUGGAGCUGCAGACCCGCGAGCAGGAGCUGGAGCGCGCAGGCCUGCGGCAGCGGGAACUGGAACAGCAGCUGCAGGCCCGGACUGAAGAACAGCUGGAGGUACAGGCCCAGCACACCCAGCUGCGUAGGGCCUACGAGGCGAUACGGGCACAGCUGGACCAGGCGCAAGAGCAGCUCAGCCGCCUGGAGGGCGAAGCACAGGGUCGUCAGGAGCAAACCCAAAGGUGUGGUGAGGCGCCGGUGGGGAGGGUAGAGGGUCCCUUGCCCCCACCCUGCAUCUGGAUCACAACCUUCUACCCACAGAGAUGUGGUUGCUGUCUCCAGGAACAUGCAGAAAGAGAAGCUCAGCCUCCUAAGGCAGCUGGAGCUGCUGAGGUGCGUCAGGCCUACCUAGACUGUGGAGAAGUGGUCUCCAGCUCCCAGAUAUUCUUGGCUCCUACCCAUCUUGCUGGAAGUCCGCAUGUCUGCUCUAUAGCCUUCAUGCUGCAGUCUCUGUAAUCCUCUGGACUCUGGACUCAAGAGCCAUCUUCCCAACUCACGGCUUCCUCUAGAUCUUAACCUCCUCAGUCUCAAACUCUUCUUCCCUAGGGAGCUGAAUCUGCGCCUUCGAGAUGAGAGAGAUGCCUGUGAGACUAAGCUGCUGGGCAGUAGCCACAGGAAGGCUCUAGCUAUCGCCCACAAGCCUGGGCCCACCUACUGCUGCUGC